AUGCUCCGGGGCGCGCUGCUGCUGGCCGUGCUGCUGGCCGCCGGGCGCGGGCUCCCGCUGAGGACGCCGCGGGGCCCCGGAGCCCGGCCCCGCAGCCCCACCAGCCCGCCCGAGGUAUUGGCCUCCCCAGAUCCCGGGCCUCCCAAGAAAGAGAAGGAGACCCCGCUGCCCCCCCAAGCUGACCUCCAGGCAGGGUCUCCCCAACAUGGGCACCAGGUCCCCACUGAGCCAGCAUCCCAAGCCCCAGGCGAGGUCACUCCUCUGCGGGCCCUGGAGGGCACCUCCUUACUGCUGGAGCUGCAGAAGCUGCCGGGAUUGGCCAACACAGACUUGAGUGCCCCGAACCCCAACAUCCAGGUGACCAUCGAGGUGGUGGAGGACCCGCAGGCUGAGGUUGAGAUGGACCUGCGAGCAGAGUCCAGCACCCGCUGGGCCCAGGGCGCCCCCAGCUGGCUUCCUGCCAAGGAGAUCUUCUGGCCCCUCUUCUGGGGCCACUUGGAGGGCGAGGAGGGCAGAGCCCUGGAGGAGGACGGAGAGGAGGAAACGGAGGACUACCCUGCAGAAUACAGCGAGGGCGAGGACCAGGAGGGCAGCGAAGAGGAAGAAGACAAAGAUGAGGACGGGCCUGGGUUCAGUGGGGCCACAGGCGACUGGCACCAGGGCUGGCUGGGCCCCGGGGACUGGGCCUUCAAGGAGACGGACAGCUAUGACUAUGAAUCUCCCGAGGAGUGGAGCCCCUGGUCUCCCUGCAAUGGGAGCUGUGGCAAUGGCAGCCAGCGGAGGACCCGGCCCUGUGGCUAUGCCUGCACUGCCACCGAGUCCCGGGCCUGUGACCUGCCCCCCUGCCCUGGUGCGAAGGAAGAGAACGCAGCAGGUUUCCCCAGGGAGGGAUGGCAGCCCCUGGUCCACAAUGCUUCGGGCGUGCUUAGCCCAGAUGUGGACAGCUGUGAGAAGUGGCUGAACUGCAAGAGCGACUUCCUGGCCCAGUACCUAAGCCAGGUGCUGCGGGACCUGCCCAGCUGCCCAUGCGCCUACCCGCUGGAGGCCGAGUCCCGCUCCGUGAGCCUGCAGGACGAGCACCAGGGCCGCAGCUUCCAGUGGCGCGACGCCAGUGGGCCCCGUGAGCGCCUGGACGUGUACCGGCCCAUGGCCCGCUUCUGCCUGCGCUCCCUGCUCUCUGGGGAGAGCAGCACGCUGGCCGCCCAGCACUGCUGCUACGACCAGGGCAGCCGGCUGCUGACCCGCGGCAAGGGCGCCGGCACGCCCGCCCUGGUCAGCACCGACUUCUCCCCCGAGCUGCACUUCAAGGUGGACACGUUGCCCUGGGUCCUGUGCAAGGGCGACUGGAGCCGCUACCACGCCGUGCGGCCCCCCAACAACGGCCUGGCCUGCGCCGACAACCCGCCCGAGGAGGAGUACCUGGCGCAGCUGCAGGAGGUCAAGGAGUACUGAGGGAUGGGCUGCGGACCCACUCAAGACCUUUCCCUGCAGGCCCCCUGGGGGUCCAGCCCAGAUAGCCAUGGAAGACCUGGCAAUGCCCGGGGGCUGUCUGCCUGCUCGCUCCAGAUGGUCUCCUGUUAGAACUAGAAUGGGCAUCCUACCCCCAGAUACACUGCAUCAGAACCUACCGCCCAACAAGACCCCCAGCAGCCCUAAGAAAUGGCCUGGGCUGGGGAGAAGGAACUUGUUUCGGCCGGUGGUUCCCAGAGGUGCCCCGACAGGUGGGCGGGGCCUCCCUGACCCUGUGAACCCCUUAGCCUGACUCCGCUCAGCUGGGUUCAGGCAUGUCCGCCACCGCAGGACCUCACUCAGAUCUCAGCCCUGACAGCCAGCUGAGGGAGGGCCCUAGGGGAACAAAGGGCCAGUCUCACCCCAUCACAGCUGCCCUUUGCCAGGCCGACGCCAGCCCCGGUGACAACGUCCCUUCCUGAGGGGCUGUGGGUGUGCACAGCGGGAACCCCUAGCCCCUGCACCUUUCCGGUGGGGGGCAGCCGUCAGUGGGGCCUAAGGGUUAGAUGGGCCGAUUUGUUGGGGUGAGGCAGGCUCUCCCUGUGCAGCCAGCCUCUGCCCUGUCCAUUGCAAUGGGGUGGGCAGUGGGGAUUGGAACUGGAGACUAGCAGCCAGUCCCAGCAGCCAGGCUUGGGGUGGGCUCAGAACGCUGCCUUGCGUGCCUGUGUGGUACUGGUCAGCUGGCUCUCGGGAGGUGAAGAGGAGCCGUGAUCUUUAGCAUUGGAUGCUUCCCUUGAUGUAAAUGCUCCUGGCUUGGCCGUCACGCUGGCCAGAUGGGCCCCACGGCUCUCCCAACCCACUGUCUCCUGCCUUCCCUUCUGUGAUCUCGCCCCGAGACCGUAGCCCCCAAUGCCUCUGGGGUCCUCACAAGAAAGCACUUUGAGAA